AGCAUUAGAACAUUAACCAAAAAAAGCUGAAGAACAAGUGUUGCUGAUGGAAUGGUCUGCAGAGGUGGAAUUUUUCUAGGUACCGUUGCUACUGCAGGAAUGAUAGCAGGUUUUGGCACCACGCUUGCCAUGGCAAAAAAGAAGAACCCAGACUGGUUCAGUAAGGGGAUUACUGCCACAGCUACAUUACCAGAGAGUGGUUCGUCACUGGCCUUACGAGCCCUGGGAUGGGGUUCGCUCUAUGCGUGGUGCGGAGUUGGACUGCUAAGUUUUGCCAUCUGGAAGGCGCUGGGUGUGCACAGUAUGAAAGAAUUAAAAACUAAAAUGCAGUCAAUGUUUCCAGCAAUUCCUAAAAAUAGUGAGUCCACUGUUGAAUGGGAAGACUUACUUAAAUCCAAGUGAAAGACUCAGAGCCAUUUGGAGAUGUCUUUUUCAGCAAGAACAGGAGCUGAAGCAGCAGAAAUAUCCCAUGUGAAAAAGAGAGAAGAAAACUUGGAGUGAGCAAGUUACUGAGUUCACAGAUCCUGGGAAUAUCAGUUAACAUCUAGCAACAAGGGAAUUAAAAACAAAACCAAGCAAAACAGGUUGUAUUGUACUUUUCAGCAUGCUUGUUGAUUUCUGAGGAAAUGAACUCCCCAAGAGAAGUUGGAUUCACUUUGAAAGAAGACUCUAUUUUAUGAAGACUUAAAGAUGAAAUCGAUCUUCAGUAGUAAAUAUAAGGACAAAACCUCGGUAAACUGUUAUCGCAUCCUGUGUCUUAUAGGAAUUUUAGGAAAUUUCUCUAGGACACAAAACGGUACUUUCAGUGACAUGUACAUAUCCCAUUAGAAAUAUAACAUCAAGUCCAUUAUAAGAGAUCUGUUACUGAGCCUGAAGGUAAAGCACACAGUGCACUUUUCUAAAAAUAAAGGAGAUAUUUAAAUUUGCAGCAGAGGAAGUAUCUAAACCAAACUAUUUCUUUGUGUCUGGGGGGAAAGUUUACUUUGCUGGCAGUGACCUACUGAGCUCCUUUGCAGAGCAUCAGAAGAGAUUUCUACAAGUGCACUGUUUUCUCAGUGUUAGGUUUUUUACUGGAUCCUGCAAUAGUGAAUCUGAUAGUUUGCAUAAAAGUUUCUACUAUAUUUGUAUAGCAACUUAAGUUGUGAAAAAGGUGUAAAAUUAUGAGACACACCGUGUCCCCUACACAAUAUUUUCAGCCAAGAAAGUAUAUGGGCUGGGCUAGUUUUUUGGUAUUUCACUGGUUCCUGUGGUUCUUCUACCUGGAGAAGCAAUGUGACACUUUUCCACACUGCAGUAAUCUCAUAAAGUGUGGGUGUAAGAAGAAUAAUGUCUUACUCAAGCAUUGUAUUUGCAGAACUGUAGAUCUGUAAAAAUGCAGAAAUAAUAAUAAUAAAAAAAAAAAGCUAUCAGUGAACAA